GGUGUUGGGAAUGAUCGAUUGGCGCAACCUACGAUGUCAAAAGUAUUGCAGUUGGUUUUGGACAUACUUGAGAAGGAAAUAUGCCCCGUCGAAAUCGUUUUCCCAACCGACGAACGUGAAAAGCAUAUCAUAAAACAGGGCUUUUACGAACAAACGGGAUUUCCAGGAGUCAUCGGUUGCGUAGACGGAACCCAUGUGAGCAUAAUAGCUCCAACUCAUGACAAACACCUAUUUUACAACCGAAAAGGGUUCUACAGUCUAAAUGUUAUGUUGGUAUGUGAUCACAAUCUGUUGAUCCGAUAUGUGGACGCCAAUCAUCCGGGUUCCUCUCACGAUUCAUUUGUUUGGAAUGGAAGUGUACUAAAUCAAUUAUUGCAACAGGAAUAUACAAACGGAGAGAGAAACUCUUGGUUACUUGGUGACGCUGGCUACCCCCUAACACCAUUUCUGAUUACACCUUUUCGUACUGGAGAACAAACCGAUGAACGACAGACAAGAUUCAACGGAAUACAUUUUAAGACCAGGAUUACUGUGGAAUGAUCAAUCGG